AUCACUUUACUUUAGAAAAUUCUUCUAAGUGCCAAGGAAUAAGCAAUAAUAAUAAUUUCGUAUCAAUUGACUCCUUCUACCUUCUACCUAAAUGUGCGCGCCAUCAAUCUGUGCAUCAAUCCAUAGCUACUCAAUAAAGUAGCUAUUGUGUAUGUGUUGUAAGUAAGAUUAUAUUUCUUAUCACUUAGAUAAAUUUAAUAUCAAAGGAUUAUCUUAGUGUCGACAGCACAGAUUUUUGUAAAAUCUUAUUUUCAGAGAUACGCUUGUAGCGUGGCUUGACUUAUUUUAUUCAAUUUUAUUACUAGUUUUUUUUACCUACAGCGCUACAGCUUCGCCCGCCUGAAAUUUAGCUUGUCACAGCACAGAUCGUCCUAACUUAUAUUAAACAGCCAAUAUUGUAAAGUUUCAUCAAAAUUCAUUCAUCGUACUUUUUGUAUGAAAGAGUAACAUCUGUGAGUAACAUCCACAAAGUAAAGUAGGAAAUGUAUGAAAAUAAUGUAGGAAAUAUAGUAGGAUACUACAGUCUACAACUGAUUUUCAACCGACUUCAAAAAAGGAGGAGGUUCUCAAUUCGACCCGUAUGUUUUUUUUUUACUAUUUUAUUAUGAGAAGAAUGUAGAAAGAUCGUUUUCGUUUGCUAAAUUGAUGCAAAUUGCAAGUUAGCAAGUGGAAAUCGAACCCGGGACCGGGACCGGGGUUCCGUGGAGAUCGAACCCGGGUAUUAAUUGUCGUUGUAUUCAAUUGAAAUUUAAACGAUUAUCGAUUUCAUAUCGUUAAUGUUUUUGACCGCACUGCUGACAGCCCGACUGAAAAAGUAAAAAGUCAAACUAGUAAACAUAACCUAAAAAUUUAUCCUAGCCUAACCUAAAACAAGGCACUUUUAACCUCGCUCAAUCAAAAAUAAAUGAUAAAAGCGUUUAUCUGUUAAUCGUCUAUAUUUUAAAAGCUGGAGUGGAGCAUUCACUGUGCAUGGAGUUGACACAAUAAGAAAGAUUUCCAAAUGGCUAACGAAGUUAUUAGUAUUGGGGACUUUAUUGUCUUACAAAAACAAAACUACAAAAAGUUGUUCAAGUUUAAUAAACCAAGUUUAAGUAUUACAGUAGGUCGUGAUACCAUAAACUUGAAAGGGAUAGAAGGAUGCCCGUAUUUUUCAACAUUCAAAAUGAUAUUUUCUGGAGGCAAGAAAAGUAAAGAAUAUGUAUUGGAAUUAACUAAUGAAGUUGUGAAUUUAAAAGAUGAAAUAGAUAUUAAAACGUCAGGAAAUGAUAAUCGCAACAUUAUUGAUGAUGGACAAUCUCAAAAAUUGACUGCUGCAGAGAUAGAAGAUUUGAAAGUGGAUUCAAACAAAGCAUCAGAUAUUGUUGAAACAUUGAUUACAAACUCAAAUACUUUUCACAGGAAAACUGAAUUUUCUCAGGAGAAAUACCUUAGGAAAAAGGAAAAAAAAUAUUUUGAGUUCAUUAGAAUUCUGAAACCAAAUAUGAGAUUAAUCGCAGAGGUGAUGUAUAAGUUAGAACCAGCCAAAAUCCAGGGCAUUCGUAUUGAUACAUUAUCACAAAUAAAUACUUUAGCUAACAUUUACUCAGAAGGUAAUUAUCUUCUGUAUGAUUCAGGAUCAAAUGGUUUACUAGCUGCAUCCUUGAUGAGUGCCAUCGGUCCCCAAACUAAUGGGAAACUCAUUCAUAUGCACCCUGGUAAUAUGUCACAGAAACAAGCAUUGCUGGCAAUGAAUUUUAAAGAAGAACAACUUAAUAGAUGCAUUUCUGUCAAUGUGUAUUCGGCUUUGAGACAAUUUUACCAAGGCUGUGAUACUAAUGAUAACUCAAAUGUUGAAUCAAAUGUUUUAAAAAGAAAAGCUGAUGAAGAACCAGAUCAUAAGAAUAAGAUUCCCCGACUGGAAAACACAGACCAGGAUGCAGAUACUAUAUCAGAAGCUGUAGCCAAUAAUUCAGAUAAUAAGCCAGAACCUAAAAAGCCUAAAUGGCACUUUGACAAUAUAGCUGCUGCUUCACUACUUCAUCAAAAGGUGGAUGCUUUAGUCAUCGCCUGUAAAGAAGAUCCGAAAAAUAUUUUCACUGAAUUAGUGGAAUUUGUAAAACCAGGACGACCAUUUGCUAUCUAUUAUGCUGUUGCUGAGCCAUUGCAACAACUAUAUUUAUUGUUGAAAUCACAAAGUAAUGUAGCUGCAUUAAAGUUAACAUGCAACUGGAUGAGGAAUUAUCAGGUACUACCAGACAGAACACAUCCAGAAGUAAUGAUGAAUUCAGCCAGUGGAUUUCUUCUAACAGGAUAUGUUUUAAAAUAAUUUGGUAUUGAUCAAUUAUUAUUUUAUAAGAUAAAAACAAAAAUAUAGUUUUAAAAAAUUUAUUUAAUGCUUUCAUUUAUUGAAAUGCACAUACCAUAUCUAAAUGCAUUAAAAAUGAUCAUGUGUGUAUGAUGUGCUAUAAUCUUGCAUUUUUUAAACAAUAGUAAUAAUAACCAAUUUGACAUUACACAUGUAUGAAAAUAUUUUAAUAAUUCACACAAUUUUAUAAAAUUUUCUUACACAAGCUAUUUAGUAAAUUAUUGGUUUCAAUGUACAUCACUCUCAUAAAGAAUUUGAUAUCAAAUUGUUUCUUGUAAAUAUUUAUUCUUGGUAAAUUUUGAAUUUUAAAAACUUUAUUCUUACAAAACAUCCAAACACAUGGAUAUACAAAUUCUCUGAAGUCUAAUGAUGGCAUAUAGCUGCUACAAAAGCAAAUUGACUGUUUAUUAAAACAUUGUUACUUAUGCAAAAAUAUUAGUGCAUUAUAAAGUUCAGUAGUACAGAUUCUAAGGAAUGUAUGUCAGUCUAAAUACAGGUAUCAGGGAUGAGACAAUGCACUCGACUCAACCAUAAAUUAAUAAGCUUUUCAAAUUCUUUUACCAUACAAUUUUUCAUCUAAUUUAUAAAUUUUGACACAAGGUUUGUUCAUAGGAAAACAUAAUGACUGAUAAAACGACAAUUUAGGCUUGUUCAGAUCCACUCGUACCAUGUUUGCAGAACAGCCAUGAUACAAAAAUACUAACAUAAUUUUUAAACUAAUCAGCUGUAAAUACGUUAUUCGAGAGGAACAUCAGUUUUCGUCGCAUCAACCUACUUUUAAACCUAAUUACCAAAUUUGAUGAUGUAAUUUUGGCACUUAACGACGUCUCAUAGUGCAUGGUCUUAUUUUAUUGCGUUUUAAUAACAUUGCACCAUAUUAAGUGACAAUUAGAUGAAAUGAUUUGCAUUGAUUAAACAAUCUAACCUUACUAGCCAACUUUAACUAGUCAUCACUUACAUUAAUUUACCAAUGAUCAUAAAGCAAUGUUUCUGCAAAUUUAUACUUAAGCACCAUUCAUGUAUUAAAAUCAAAUAUUUAUCAAACCAAUUUUUGGUCAUUAAUGGAUGUGAUACUACUAAGAAAAUUACUGAUAUGGUUACAUACAAGCAAUA